AUGCCUACCCUUGUCUCGCUUCCUCGAGAGGUAUUGGAACAAAUUUGCGGCUCUGUGGCAUCUGAUGACUUCGCAAGUCUUCUUGACCUAGCUUUGACCUGCAAGUCCUGCUCGGUCGCCACUAACAAGUAUCGUUUCCAAUGCAUCAACCUGACCAUUGUCAGCCGCAAAAAGCUCAACAGAGAUGUCCAGAAAUGGAACGAAAUUUUGCAAAAAAAUUCCUCAUUCACCGUCGUGCGAUUAUUAAUGGUCCGAGGAAAAUUACCUCCCAGUGAAGAGGAUGACGAUAGUCUGGAACCAGAUCCCAAAUAUUUCAGCCCUCACUGUCGAAUGGACUCUAAUGACGAGUUAAGCCGCCUCGAAUACUCUUAUGGCUUCCAAGCUUUAGAACUCUAUCGGUCCGCUUCUGUUUCACAGCGUGAUGAUUGGGGCUCUUUACCCACCCUUGUGAAACAAUUUCAUGGUCUCCGUGACCUCAUUUGGGGCUGUGGGACUCUAUUUCCACCGUGUCUGUUGGAAAUUCUCCACCACUCUCUACCACGAUGCAAACUGCAUAAUUGGGCAUUCAAACUGCCCAGUCUGUGUCACAGAACACACGAACCUCAAGAUAUCGACGAAUAUGAGUAUUCGCUUGCCACGUCGCCUUCUCUAUCUAGCGUUGUUUUUCCUGCUUACGAGUAUGACGAAGAUAAUGACAAACUCGGCUAUAACGAAUACGGCAUGGUGGAGUACCAUGAAGAAGCAGUAAUUCAACUCGCGACUGGCCUGGCACCCAAUCUAAAAUCUGUCUACAUCGCAGCCGGAACCCCUGAAGCCACUCCAGGCUCUUAUGACCAGCUGCGGCGAGAAAGACCCCCAUGGGCAGGCUUUUUUACAUCCAACCCCAAGAAAGUCAUUACCAAUCCAACUCAAGGCCAAUUACGGGAGCUCAGCCUGAGCCCGGCUAGCCUCGUUCAUUUCGAGGCUUGGGAAGCACACGGCAUCUUUCCCAACCUUAAAGUUUUGCGACUGUGGGAGGCCACGCUGGAAACCUUGCUUAAGGCAAUUCAAUGUCAAUUUCCCUGUCUGAAAACACUGGUCCUUGAUAUAACCUCCGCUGAUCCCCACCCUAUCGAUACAGCGGCGAGUGCCUUUGUCUCGUCUCUUCCUCCAUUGGAAAGUAUCCUUUUGACAGGUAACCAAAGAGACAGAACAUUGAAAGCUGUCCUGGACCACCAUGGAAAAUCUCUAAAAAAGAUAUCCUUUCAACCUGAAUUUAAUGACUACGAAAAGGGACACGCUAUCCCAGCGGAGUGGAUCACUCAAAUUCGAGAUAGCUGCCCGAACCUCUGCAACCUCCGGCUCCCUAUAACACGUACAAGAGGCAACGAUCAGGAAAUUGCCAUCUACCGAACACUCGGAGAGAUGCCUCGACUGACUGACUUGAGCCUACAACUUAUUUGUGAAGGAUACUCACAAGAAGACGAUAGAGGAUUAUCAUCGUCAAGCUAUCUGGUCUCAGACGGUAAGAAAGCGCGAGAAUUACUCGCCAAUUUUGCAUUAGACGCUACCCUUGCUCGAGAGAUUUUCUUGACCAUCGGAAGAAACUCCUCUUUGCAGCGUCUUGAACUGAACAUCAAGGUACUACGUUGUCCCGGCACGCUAUGGGAGAUCACAGCGUUCAUGGAUGACAAGUGGAAAUGCGUCAGAGCCAAUGGAGACAGGGUCGUUGUUCGGAAGCUUGGGGAAGAAACCAGGAAUGAUAAUGAUGAAUGGUCAGAAGAAAUGCAAAUGGAAGAGGAAGAUAUACUGGAAGAGUUUGAGCCCGUCUUCCGUGAGUUGUGGCCAAAGAAGAGCAAACGAUGGGUGCAUGAUUGGCAUAGCUUUCCACUCCAAAUAAGCGCAAAUAAUACCCAAUGA